AUGUCCACUGGAAACUCGGGCUCCACCAACCCCAGCCGCGGCCAGAGCAUGGGCGCAGGCCUCGGUAACACUGUCAAGGGUGCAUUCCAGACCGUCCAAGGUCUUGGAAAUGCCGUCCGCGGCAACGCGAUGGACUUCGUCGACAACGCUACCGGCACGGGUGGCCACCACGCCGAGACGGACGUCGGUCGCGCGCAGACCGAGCAGGGCAUCAACCGUAUGGAGACCGGCCACCCCACCGGCACGACUGCGACGAACCUGUCCGCGACGAGCACUGCCGCCCCGCCGUUGCCUGCGCGCCACCAGGCGGCGGGCGUGCAGACGGAUGAGAGUGCCCUCGGCGGCCAGAACUUUGGGACGACGCGCUAG